AUGACUCAAUUGCUGCCGCGACUUUUCCCCCGCUCCUCUGCUUUUUCCCCUCCGUCCCUCCUCAGGACUUUCGCAUCUUCGACCGCGCCCCCGAAGCCCUCCAAACGAAACCCCAAGAUGGCUACUGUCGCCACCAAGACCGGCCAGGAUGUUGACCGCAACAUCCUGGACUCAAUGCUCCGCCGUCGCAUGUUCUACACCCCCUCCUUCGAGAUCUACGGUGGUGUGUCGGGUCUGUACGACUAUGGCCCACCUGGAACCGCCCUGGUCGCCAACAUGACCGACUUGUGGCGCAAGCACUUCGUUCUGGAGGAGGAUAUGCUGGAGGUUGACACCACCAUGCUCACCCCCCACGAUAUCCUGAAGACCAGUGGGCACGUGGACAAGUUCGCCGACUGGAUGUGCAAGGAUCCCAAGACUGGCGAGAUCUUCCGUGCCGAUCACCUCGUCGAGGAGGUCCUCGAGGGCCGUCUCAAGGGUGACAAGGAGGCGCGCGGCCAAAAGGUCGUCGUUGACGAGGAGAAGGAGGCCAAGAAGAAGAAGAAGUCCAAGGGCGAGAACAAGGCUGUCAAGCUGGAGGAUGCUGUCGUCAAGGAGUACGAGGAGACUCUGGCCCAGAUUGACAACUUCGAUGGCCCCGAGCUCGAGAAGAUCAUCAUCAAGUACGAUAUCCGUAACCCUACUACCGGUGGCGCCGUUCUGCCCCCCGUCGCCUUCAACCUCAUGUUCGCUACCUCCAUUGGUCCCAGCAGCAACAUGCCUGGUUACCUGCGCCCCGAGACUGCCCAGGGUCAGUUCUUGAACUUCGCCAAGCUGCUUGAGUUCAACCAGCAGUCUAUGCCUUUCGCCUCUGCCUCCAUUGGCAAGUCCUUCCGUAACGAGAUCUCCCCACGUGCCGGUUUGUUGCGUGUGCGUGAGUUCCUUAUGGCCGAGAUUGAGCACUACGUCGACCCAGAGGGUGGCAAGAAGCACCCCCGCUUCGUUGAGGUCAAGGACCUCGAGAUGUCCCUGCUUGACCGCAACGUCCAGCUGUCUGGCAGCACCAAGACCACCAAGAUGACCAUUGGUCACGCCGUGGAGACUGGUCUGGUCGACAACGAGACCCUGGGUUACUUCCUCGGUCGUAUCCAACUUUUCCUGCUCAAGCUGGGUAUUGACUUCAACAAGCUGCGUUUCCGUCAGCACAUGGCCAACGAGAUGGCCCACUACGCCGCUGACUGCUGGGAUGCUGAGCUCCAGACCAGCUACGGCUGGAUUGAGUGUGUUGGCUGUGCCGACCGCAGUGCCUACGAUUUGACCGUGCACAAGAACAAGACCGGUGCCCCGCUUGUGGUUCGUGAGACUCGUGCCGAGCCUUUGCGCAUCGAGGAGUUCCAGAUCGACCUUGAGAAGAAGAAGUUCGGUCCUCGCUUCAAGAAGGAUGCCAAGGCCGUCGAGGCUGCCAUUGAUGCUUUGUCUCAGGACCUGCGUGAGAAGCUCUCCCUGGACCUUGAGAAGGACGGCAAGAUCGAGAUUGAUGUUGCCGGUGUCGGAUCUGGCAAGGUUGAGCUUGAGAAGGACAUCAUCACUAUUGAGAAGCGUACCCGCGUCGACAAUGUCCGCGAGUACACUCCUAACGUCAUUGAGCCCUCCUUUGGUAUCGGUCGUAUUAUGUACAGCAUGAUCGAGCAUGUCUACUGGUCGCGUGCCGGUGAUGAAGCCCGUGGUGUGCUGUCUUUCCCCCCCUCUAUUGCCCCCACUAAGGUGCUGUUGGUUCCCUUGUCCACCAACCCCGCCUUCAAGCCCCUCACCCAGAGCCUUACUGCUAAGCUGCGUCGUCUCGGUGUCUCCAACCGUGUGGAUGACUCGUCUGCCAGUAUCGGUAAGCGCUACGCUCGCAACGACGAGCUGGGUACUCCCUUCGGUAUCACUGUCGACUUCCAGUCCGUCAAGGACAACACUCUCACCCUCCGUGACCGUGACUCUACCAAGCAGGUCCGUGCCAGCGAGGAGGAGAUUCUUGCGACCGUCAAGUCGCUCACUGAUGGUGACGAGACCUGGGAGGAUGUGGUCAAGCGCCUGCCCGAGUUCACUGUGAAGAUGGCACCUACGGUUCAUUCUGCCAAGAUCACCCUCUCAUGUCCGCUCUUCGCAGCUGAAUUUGACCCACGGGAUAAUGGUCGUUUGUUCGUGGGCGGCGGAGGCGGCGAGGGUCGCAGCGGAUCGCUACUAGAUACUUCACGUCGAAAUGAGAUCACAGAGGCUCUUGAGCUGAGUUUGUCGCGCGACGAGGACUCGGUGACGUCGUUGGCUGCAGCGCCGCAAGCUGGCGACGACGAACAUUCGCUCGUUGUUCUCGCUGGAAUCAACAGCUCAGUUGCGGAGCAGAAAAAAAACAAUAACCAACAUAUGCGCGCAUUUCGAUUCGACGCGCCACGGAAAGUCCGCCCUACGCCGACGGAAGUGGUGGGGGAACAGGAGGGGGACGAAGCCAACACCGAGAAGAAAGAGCAGCCCAAGGAAGAGGUGAUCCCUGGAAAGACAGAAUCGCUUUCUCGUGCUUCGUUGUUUCGGUUUAAAAGCGGAGCCGAUGCGGGUGAUUCCUAUCAACGCGUGUUGAGGUUGUCGCCCUGGAGGAAACCCAGAACCGAUGGCGACAAGAGCAGCAGCGAACCCAGGGUCGGUGCUAUCACAACUGGACUCGCACCAUCUGGUGAGAUUGUCUUGUUAAGUCCGACGGGUUCUCCAACGCAGUCGGAUGUGAUUGGUCGUAUCCGUCUCAGCAACAGCGAGGAAGCAGAGGAUAUCGACUUUGUCAGUCUGGAGUUCGACCCUGAUCAGACUACUGAUGCUACUGGCCGGUUCCGUGUAGCCUAUACCAACGGGGCAGAUGUUAUGGUCGGUGAGAUUUCGUCUUCGACACGUUCAAAUGCCGCUCCGGACGUUCGCUGCAUCUACACUAUCCCUCUACCCAGCAGUGGCGCUCGUGCUGCACGUCCCAAAUUCCGUGCUCUGCGCUUCCUUUCUCCAAGUGCCAUUCUGCUCUUGCAGAAUGCUCCGAACCGCGGCGGAAGUGAGCUGGUUCUUCUCAAACUGCCAAAGACCAAGGACGCACAAGCUAAGAUCCUCCGCCGCCGCAAUCUUCCCCGAGGCGUAAAGAUCGGCCUCGGCCUCGACGUAUGCGCACUCGGCACCAACCCCGUUGGUCAACAACAAACCAUCAUUGCCGCUAGCGGUAGCGAUAACUCCAUCACUCUGUGGACAAUUGAAUACGGUCCCAACCGUGGCUACGAAAAGAUCAAGCCCUUCACAACCCUUCGCGAUGUACAUCCUUUCUCCAUGACAAAAUUGUGCUUCUCAACCUUCAUUGCCCCUGCCCACCCUAUCACCCCAGAAGUGCCCCCGCAGAGAGUCAAGCUGGCCUCCAUAAGCAUGGGUAACACAGUCGUCGUCCACACCCUACCACUAUCACCAUUCCCGCCUUCCUCGCGCCAUCCCCGCUACACUCUGUCUCUCCCCGGUCCCUCCGAAACCUGGGAACUCCUCGUCUACAUCAGCGUCUGCCUCCUAUCAUUCACAGCCAUCAUCUUCGCCAUCCUCGUCUACACCGAGAUCCGCGGCGCAACCCCUCCCUACUUCGGCGCCACCCAAUGGCUGUCCGACGGGAUCCGCGAGUCCUGGGCUUCGGAAUACAUUGCCCCACCUCAGGGCCAGGGCUCUUAUCUGGAUUAUAUCCUCUCUCCAUCUCGCGGCCAGGGCCAGAACCCUCUCGACAAAACACAUUUCAUUCCAAACCCCCACGCCGACGCUACUGUUGACGCAGAUGUCCUGGAAAGUCUCAAGGCUAUCCUUGACCGCGUCCACAGCGCUGGCGCUGCACCCGCUGAUCUAGAGACGCUGGCUCCGCAGUCUCUCUCUGUCAUUGUCCGGUGUACUGAUCACGGGAACGCGGAGCAGAGCGUCCUUAUCGAGACUUCCUCGUCUGCGCACCACCAUCAGCUUGUCGAGACUGAGCGCCUGCGUUCUUACGAGGAUCUUAGCGGUGAGGACCGGGUUGCCUGGAAACAGCGACUCACUGACGCGGGACGCUGGACUGCUAGUGAGGGCGAGACCGUGUUGCAGGGAGUGCUGUUUAGCGAGGCUUGUGGUCAGCUGAGGCAGUUUGUAGCAAAUGAGCUGCCUUGA